UAGCUAGCUUAAUGCUAAUAUGUUUGUGAUGACAGGAGGAGCCGAGAGCUGAUGAAGCAGCAGGUGAAUCAGUUAGUUUUUCGUUUCUUCCCGUCACACCUGUUCAACAGUUAAACAAAAUUGAGGAGAAAUGUACUGCUGUACACGACUAGUUCCGCUUUUAAAACAAAAACAAUAACAAUAACGAAGAGUGGAGAAAAAAACGAAACCACGCCGCCGAAGCCUGGAUUUAGCAGGUCAGUUGCUGUAACAGGAGGAUCCUCGUAUUCGCAGCCAUGUCGGCGGAGGAGAUUCUGUGCAACACUCAGCAGGUGAUCGCCGGCCUGGAGGCGCUGAGAGGAGAGAACCGCAGUCUGCUGGAGAACCUACAGGAGGAGAUGGAGAGCGGCAGCGUGGAGCAGGAGAAAAGUGGCAUCGUCCGCCAAUCACUGGAGAGGAUAGAGCUGGGCCUGAGCGAGGCAAAGGUGAUGAUGGCGUUGUCGGCUCAUCUGGGUUCUCUGGAGGCAGAGAAACAGAAGCUACGUGCUCAGGUGCGGCGUCUCUGUCAGGAGAACCAGUGGCUGAGGGACGAGCUGGCCGGUGCUCAGCAGCGGCUGCAGGACAGAGAGCAGGUGGUGGUCACCCUCGAGGAACAGAACAGACACCUGCAGUUCAUGUCCUCCAUACGCAAGUACGACCUGGAGGAGCCGCAGCUGCAAGACAAAGAGACGUCUUCCACCAAAGAGUCUCUGGAUGACCUUUUUCCUACUGAGGACGAAGAACCGUCGCAGAUGUCCCAGCCUCAUCACAGCAGCGCAGCAGCCGCCGCCCAGCAGGGCGGCUACGAGAUCCCCGCGCGCCUUCGCACCCUCCACAACCUGGUCAUCCAGUAUGCAUCCCAAGGUCGAUACGAGGUCGCUGUGCCACUCUGCAAACAGGCUUUGGAAGACCUGGAGAAGUCAUCGGGCCACACCCACCCAGACGUAGCCACCAUGCUGAACAUACUGGCACUAGUGUACAGAGAUCAAAACAAAUACAAAGAGGCAGCCAACCUGUUGAAUGACGCGUUGGCCAUCCGAGAGAAGACUCUUGGAAUGGACCACCCGGCUGUGGCGGCAACGCUCAACAACCUGGCAGUGCUUUAUGGGAAAAGAGGGAAAUACAAGGAAGCAGAGCCGCUGUGUAAAAGAGCUCUGGAGAUCAGAGAGAAAGUUCUGGGUACAGACCACCCAGAUGUGGCCAAACAGCUGAACAACCUGGCUCUGCUGUGUCAGAACCAAGGGAAAUACCAGGAGGUGGAGCAGUACUACGAGCGCGCUCUGGACAUCUACCAGAGCAAACUGGGCCCAGACGACGCCAACGUGGCCAAGACCAAGAACAACUUGGCAUCAUGCUAUCUGAAGCAGGGGAAGUACAGACAGGCCGAAGCCCUUUACAAAGAGAUUCUGACCAGAGCCCAUGAAAAGGAGUUUGGCUCUGUGGAAGGAGACGGCCGUCCCAGCUGGUCCAGUGCGGAGGACAGCGGCUCCGGACAGGAUGGACCCGGUAACCUGAAGCGCAGCGGCUCUUUCACCAAACUCAGAGAGUCGAUUCGUAGAAGCAGCGAGAAACUGGUCCGCAAGCUGAAAGGAGUCGGAAUGGAGGAAACUACCCCGAGGAAUGCUGGAAUGAAGAGGGCGAAGUCUCUGAAUGUGUUGAAUGUGGGAGCCAUUGAGAGUCCGGAUGGGGCCCAGCAGUCGAGCUGUUUGACAGAUGUCCGAGGCCUGAGCUCCAGCACACAGAGUUUGACCAGAAGAGGUUCACUCGGUGGUUCCAGCUAACACAAACGCACACACACACACUGGAAAAAUGAACACAAAUAUAUCCCACACCACCGUGGAGGCCCCACUUUGAGUCCACUUAAGAAAAAACAGCGAUAGUUGUGGAGACUUUACGAGAAGUAACAAUAAACUAAAGGAUUUCUUGGCCAUUGAAGUGUCUCCAAAGGUGUGCUCACACACUUUGACAUAUCUAUAUUGCACUAUAACCUUUCCUUCCUGUUCACUUGAAAUUCAAUAUCAUUCCUUUCUGAAUUUAGGUUAGAAACAAGCAGUUUCCUCAGAAAUGAAAAAGAAUCCUGUUUGACUACUACACAAGCAUUUAUACCGUUUACAAAGUGAUUUCCUAAAGAUAAAUAGGCACAUUACAGAUUAUCUUUUUGAAAUGUGUUUGAAUUCUCUUGACUAAAAAAAUGUAAUUGUUACACUUGGUUUAAGACGAGGAUGUUGUGCUAAAGUUACUCUUUUUUCAAUGUUUUUUGCCUUUUACAGUAAGCACGUCACUCUGGUAAUAGGAUUUGUGUCGAAGCAAAUCAUAAAACUACAAGCGUUCAUUUCAGCUCUUUUACAAAGGUCUAGUUUUCACAUUGCACAUUACAGGAAUACAUUUCAAUUUUAAUGAAGACAAAAACGCCAGUGGCACAAAACAUAUCAACAUAUCCGACUUGAUGUUAGACAGCACUAUUCCUAAAAUAUGAUAUUUUUGCACAGUUUCAGUUCCCAAUAAUACAUUGUAUUUAUAGAUCUAUUUUCAUUGUACUAAAGUCACAACACAUUUUUCUGAUUCAGAAAAUAGUUUCAGGAUACAAGUUGUUGAUGGCGGCAAAUUGAGAUCAACUGGGGAGUGUGGAAGGAGCUGAACAUUGUUCAUUUGAACAUAAUCCACAAACACUUCCUUAAAUGCGGCAUAUAAAGCUAGCGGUGAACCGGUUAGUCAAACAUGUCACAUCUAAACCAGAGAUAUUAAGUCCUGUAGUUCAUAACUUCUCAACUUACUAAUAUAAAUGAAUGAAAUGGCUUUUAAUGACAAUGUGUUUGCGUUCUUUUUAUAGUUUGUUAUCAUUACUUACUAGUUAUUUGAAACUCAUGUGAACAAAAAGUCAUUUAAAGUUAAUAUGCCACAAAUAACUAAUUAAAAAUACUAAUUUUCAUCUAAGAAUGUUAAUUAAGAGAUACUGACUUAAAUGAAAUAAUGACUGUUUCAAUUCCAUUUAUCCACCAAACUCUGAUCUUCCAUUUUAUUUAAACGUGUAUUAUAGUUUUAAAGAUUGAUUUUCCAUGAUGUAGAACUGCAUUUGCUGUGGUAGAAAAUGUCACAGCCAUUUAAGGGAAUGGAAUCGUUAGUUUUCUGUAGAAACUAGUGUUUAUAAAAAAAUAAAAUGGGAGAAGUAUUCAUCUCCUGAUGCUGUGUAUUUGGUAAAUAUGGAUGUUUGUAUUUUUUAUCUGAGCUGAAAUAAAUUACUAAAGGUU